AAUUAGCAACAUCAUGCUUUUUUCUCAGUUUAAAACUAGUAAAACCUGAGAUCCCGCCUCCUGCGGGCCUAAUUGGCUUCAUGACAGGAGCCCAAGCGCUGAGUGGUGGUGACCGCUGUCAAUCAGAAGGAGGUUGCCCCACCUCUAUUGCCGCGGGCUGAAACUUGUCUUUGGCUGAGGAUCCUCGAAGGUUGUGUCACACGCGCUGCUGGUAUUUAUCAAUGGAAACCUAUAAAAUACAGUGCUUAACAAUUUCCCUUCUCAUGAGACUUUCUGUUACUGCUGAUCAUACCGUGCCCGUUAUCAUGUGGUCGUCAGCAAAGGCAUUGUGGAAGACAGUGAAUAUUCCACAUCAAGAGCACAAUGGAUCACACAAAGAAGCACUGGAGCUGUUCAGGUACCUGAGUUCUGCAGUCAACAGAGGCCCAAAGAAAGUAAUACUUUUCUGGCAAAACGAGCUGAACAUCCAUGAUAUUAUUACUGUUGAUGGAAAGUUGGCCCACACAUUUUCAAACAUUCAGAAUGCCCUGGAUUCUUCUCCAUCGUCCAUUAUCCUACCAGCUGUAAACCAGCAUUGGACAAAUCAGCUGCCAAGAUAUCUUCAACAGAAACUUGGAGAAGACCCAAUACUUGUGAAUUAUUUACCUUUUUGGAAUCCAGGACUGAGCAGCACAAAAUCUUCUCUAUUAAUCGUGAAGUUAUCAUCAAAACACAGACCUGCAAUGGUACCAGACACUAAAUUCCUCAGUGAUGAUGAUGUCAUUAAGUUGGUCACCAGUGCCUUAAAAGCAAACAAUAUUCCCUACACAGCUAUUUUCACAGCUGGCAGGAGUUCACAGGUUGUUAGACAUGCUUUCAAUGAAGUAAUGAAUACAGGUAGACAUCUUCUGCAGAUCCCAAGCUGGAACCAGUAUCCUCCCAUAAAUGUUACAGAUGGUGAAAUGCCCUGCAUUCUCUUCAUAGCUAAGAAGGUAACACUCCGAAUUGGAGACCAGCCCGAGAUAGAUUUGACAAACAGAACUUUUGGGAGCACUGCUCCCAAAAUUAAUACCAGGGAUUCAACAUGUACUGCAGAUAAAGCUAUGCUUUCCUUGAACUAUGGUGAUGUUGGAAAUCUAAAGCAACUUGUCAUUAGGUUUGAAAUGUCAUAUAAUUAUCAUACAACUUCUGUUCAGAAAUGGUUUAGCCUGGAUUUUGUGCAGAUCUUCCACAACAAUUCAUUACAAGCAAUAUUCAAUGCAUCUGAAAUCUAUGCUCCAGUUACAAAUUCAUACCACUGUCAAUACAUCAGUAGUCUGCAGAAACAUGAAGCACUACUCGUGUCCAGAUUCCAAGAAGACAGAACAAGAUUGUGGCAUAUUACCUUUGUGGAGUUUCAGAUUCAAGGCUUUAAUAUUAAAGUGGGACACUUUGCUUCAGCAAGAGACUGUGCCUCAUUCUUCACACCAGCUGUCUUGAUGGGCCUAGUAAUUUCUCUCAUACUUGUGCUUGUUCUGGCUUAUGCAGGGCAUAUGUUGAUCCAUUUAAAAAGAAUGGAAGAGUACAAUUAAUCCAAAACCAUUGUUUACAGCCCUAAGGUGGAAGAAGCUCAUGCAGAGUAAUCUCUACCAAGACUUCCACCAAAAACUGCAAAUUUUUUAGCCUGCAUUUUCCUCACCUAUAUUACCUGACAAAGGUACCUUACACCUCAUCAAAAUAUGCCAGGUUUAUAUCUUAAGACUGUUUCUUAAAUCCACCUUAAGCAAGAAUUUUAUUUAAUACGGUACAUUAUAUCACUUCCUAUUGUUUCUGGCAUGUAUGAUACGAUAUGUAAAGGAUGCACAUUCAAGUGGGUGCUUGAUAGCAGUUAGUAAGCUAAUGGUCACGAAUGAGCAGGGUAAUGUAAACAUCAGCAUAAAAUUUAAAUCAAUUUUCUUUUAACACUUUGAUUGACCCAAGGCUCAUGGCAAUCUAUGCGUAAUGUUACCCAAGCACCACCACAGGCAUCAAAAGGUUUCCCAGUUAUAAAUACCUUAUAUGACAGUGAUAGGAGGUAAAUAAAGCCCUACAGAGACUAAAGCAAAACAGGAUGAGGUUUUUUUCACCAAUUCACGAGUUAGAAAUUAGAGGCAGAAACCCUGAGUAUUUUUUCUUUAACAUAGUCCAAGCACAAAGAAACUAGGAAAGCUAACCUGGCACAGACAGGAACAAACCCUGUGAUUGAUUCUUGUUGCUUUAUUAUAUACUGAAUGCAGAAGCCAGGCCAAUUUCUUUUUAUUGAAAAUAUCAAAAUGUAAUUUAACUU